AUGAGUAGACCAAUGCUGCCCCCCGGAACGGGGAAGGAAGCUUUUGAGAUGGGACCUAUCCUAGGCACUGGGUCAUUCGGGCGCGUUAAAUGCGCAAAAUACCUCAAAUCCCGUGGCAUGACACUAGAAGAUACAACUCAGGUGCCUCCCCGAGUGGCAAUUAAAAUUCUGAAGAAGGCCAGCAUCAUCAAGCUGAAACAUGUCGACCAUAUUCUCAACGAGAAAGCAAUCCUCUUGCAUUUGGAUCAUCCGCUGACGCCCUUGUGCAGGGACUUGAAGCCAGAAAACAUGCUGCUGGAUCGUGACGGUUACGUCAAGCUCACAGAUUUUGGCUUCGCCAAGGUUGUGGAGUUCCGUACAGACACGCUUUGCGGCACUCCUGAGUACAUCGCUCCCGAAGUCCUUCUAAACAAAGGUGGCUCACGCUGUGUUUGCCCCACUUUUACAGUUUUCCUAAACAUUGAGCUGCAGAGUCAAAACUCGACAGGUUACUCCAAAAUGACAGAGUAA